CCUGCUUCCUGUGAAUCAGUGUAAAUAAACGAAUCAUCAUGGCUGCUGCCGCUGAGGCUCAGCUCAGUGUCUCCUGCGGAUGAACCCUGCUCAAGCAGCGAUGGAUCAGAGGUGUUGGUGGAAAAGCGCAGAAAUGAUCUUCUGGACAAUUUGACCUGAAGAGAACCAACACAGGCUGUGAGCGACUCCAGGGCUGCAGAUGGAGAAUGGAGACCUGGGUCACAUGAUGGGGGCGCCAGUUACUCUGAACGUUGGCGGUUCUAUGUACAGCGUGACUAUGUCCACGCUGCAGCGUUAUCCAGAAUCCAUGUUGGGAGCCAUGUUCAGCGGAGACUUCCCCACAGUGAAGGACUCCCAUGGAAACGUUUUCAUCGACCGCGACGGUCCCCUGUUUCGCUACGUCCUCAACUUCCUGCGGACGUCGGAGCUCACGCUGCCGUGCGACUUCAAGGAGAGGAAGCUGCUCAGGAAGGAGGCGGACUUCUAUCAGAUCGAGCCCCUGAUCCAGUGCCUGGGAGACCCCAGACCCGGGCUGCACUACCCCACUGACUCUUAUGAGGAGGUAGUGGAACUGUCCAGCACCAGGAAACUGUCUAAAUACUCCAACCCUGUUGCAGUCAUCAUCACCCAACUCACCAUCACCACCAAGGUCCAUGCAGUGUUGCAGUCCAUCUCCAGCAGUUUCACAAAGUGGAACAAACACAUGAUGGACACCAGAGACUACCAGGUGUCCUUCACCUUCGGACCAUGUGACCACCAACAGGAAAUCAGCCUGCGUGUCCACUUGCUGGACUUCAUCUCUAAAGCUGGUUUCGCAAUACGCAACACGCGUGUUCACCACAUGAGUGAACGAGCCAAUGAAAACACUGUGGAACACAAUUGGACGUUCUGCCGACGAGUUCGGAAAGUUAAUGACUGACGGAUUAACACGAGGGAUGGACUGGUCGUACCAUGGUGUCUUCAGAGAGACAGAGAUCUGUUGGUGAUGGUGGUUUUGUUGAUAUGUGUUGAUGUUUUGCAUGAUGUGUGUUUGUGAGUCUACUCAGAAGAGUUACUGUCAGGCUAGCACAUUAGCCGCUUUUGGUACAAUAUCGUAAAGAUUUAACAUAUAUCUCGUUUGCUUUUUUUAUAAACAUACUGUAUAAACAUAUUGAUAAUACAACAAUGUUUUCGGAAAUAGUGGGCUUUCAGGUUAGACUGUCUGAAGACGAAUGACAAGAUGGCUUCCAAAGGUGAAGCCAAAAUAUCUUGAGCGCUCCCUGGUGGCUGGUUACAACAUAGGUCUUAAACCCUUCCUCCUCCACGACAACAGAGAGAACUUGGACCAAAGUACAGAUCAGCCCGAUCUAAAAUCUGUUAAAUGUC